AUUAUCUCUCUCUCUCUCUCUCUCUCUCUCUAGAACCCUCCCUCUCUGUUUGAAUUUUCUAUUAUCCAUCCAUCCAUCCAUCGUGUCUCUGUCCAUUCUUCCUUCGAAGUCUGUGUUUUAAGCUGAGCUUCUCUGGUGGGGAUGACGACCAUGGAGAGCUUGAUAGGUUUGGUCAACAGAAUUCAGAGGGCCUGCACAGCGCUCGGCGACUAUGGCGGCGGCGAUACUUCCUUCUCUUCCCUCUGGGAAGCGCUCCCUUCUGUUGCCGUCGUCGGAGGACAGAGCUCCGGCAAGUCUUCCGUCCUUGAAAGCAUUGUUGGCAGGGACUUUCUCCCUAGAGGAUCAGGGAUUGUGACGAGGAGGCCGCUGGUGUUGCAGCUGCACAAGACUGAAGAAGGAGCAGAGGAGUAUGCCGAAUUCCUCCACCUUCCUAACAGGAAGUUCUCUGAUUUUGCCGUUGUGCGCAAGGAAAUCCAGGAUGAGACGGAUAGAGUGACUGGGAAAUCGAAGCAGAUAUCUCCUGUUCCGAUUCAUCUCAGCAUUUACUCUCCAAAUGUUGUUAACUUAACUCUCAUUGAUCUACCUGGUUUGACAAAAGUUGCUGUUGAGGGCCAGCCUGAGAGCAUAGUUCAAGACAUAGAGAUGAUGGUUCGUAGCUACGUUGAGAAGCCAAAUUGCAUUAUCCUUGCUAUAUCUCCGGCUAACCAAGAUAUAGCGACAUCUGAUGCUAUCAAACUUGCAAGGGAAGUGGACGCCCCAGGUGAAAGAACAUUUGGGGUCUUGACAAAGUUGGAUUUGAUGGACAAAGGAACUAAUGCGCUCGAUGUGCUUGAAGGAAGAUCUUACAGAUUGCAACAUCCUUGGGUCGGAAUCGUGAACCGUUCACAGGCUGAUAUAAAUAAAAAUGUGGACAUGAUAAUUGCAAGGCAUAAGGAAAGGGAGUACUUCGCUACCAGUCCUGACUAUAGCCAUCUAGCCAACAAAAUGGGUUCCGAGUAUCUUGCGAAACUACUUUCAAAGCAUUUGGAAGCUGUGAUCAGGGCUCGUAUACCAAGUAUUACAUCCAUGAUUAACAAAACAAUUGAAGAGCUUGAAUCCGAGAUGGACCAUCUGGGUAGGCCUAUAGCGGCUGACGCUGGGGCUCAACUAUACCUGAUUCUAGAACUUUUGCGUGCAUUUGACCGGAUAUUCAAGGAGCAUCUGGAUGGAGGCCGUCCUGGGGGAGAUCGAAUCUAUGGGGUGUUUGACAAUCAGCUUCCAGCUGCUUUGAGAAAGCUUCCAUUCGAUCGACAUCUUUCAAUGCAGAAUGUCAGGAAAGUAGUGUCUGAGGCAGAUGGUUAUCAGCCCCAUCUGAUUGCCCCAGAGCAAGGGUACAGACGUUUAAUCGAGAGUUCUCUAAACUAUUUUAGAGGCCCAGCUGAGGCUUCUGUGGAUGCUGUUCACUUCGUGCUGAAAGAGCUGGUCAGGAAAUCAAUUGGGGAGACUCAGGAACUGAGACGGUUUCCAACACUGCAAAUGGAGUUGGCAGCAGCGGCUAAUCAUGCACUGGAGAGGUUCCGGGAUGACAGUAAGAAGACUGUCGUUCGGCUGGUUGACAUGGAGUCAUCAUACUUGACAGUGGAGUUCUUCAGGAGGCUUCCCCAGGAGGUAGAGAAAGCAGCAAGCGGACCGGGUGGACCUGUGUCCCCAAAUGUCGACCGGUACACAGAUGGACACUUCAGGAGGAUCGGGUCAAACGUGUCAUCGUACGUCGGGAUGGUCUCCGAGACACUGAGGAACACAAUCCCAAAGGCAAUCGUGUAUUGCCAAGUGAAGGAAGCGAAGCAGUCACUGCUCCACCACUUCUACAUGCAGAUAGGGAAAAAAGAAGGGAAGGAGCUGGCUCAGUUGUUGGAUGAAGAUCCUUCUUUGAUGGAAAGAAGGGUACAGUGUGCCAAGAGGCUGGAGUUGUACAAGUCAGCUAGAGAUGAGAUAGAUUCUGUAUCAUGGGCACGCUGACGCUGGCGAUGAUGAUUUGUUGUAUUGAGGCCUGUACCAUGACAUGUUAUAUAUUAGCUGAGAUCCGACGUAGAUAUCAUUCUUUUUUCCCCCCUAGUUUUGUACUAGGCUAGAGUUUGAGAGCGCUAAUUCCUGGUUUUGUGAUCUAUUUUGUUUUGUAGCUAAUGUGAGACAAUAUCCACUUGAAUUUGUUUAACAGGCCGGCAGGGCAUGUUUGGGAUUUAUUUAAUAGGAGAGUGUUUAUGUGUGUUGAUAUUUGUACCGGAAAAAUCAACGGUAAGGUGUUCUAGGAUCUAACAGUAAUUCAAUCGUUAGUAUCAUGAAAUA